GGACCGCGCGAUGGUGGCCUUCUCCGUGGGCUCCAUCUCGAAGAGUUACCUGAAUGACGGGACCUCGGCCACGCCGAAUGUCGUCCUCUCCGGCAACUCCAAGCGCCCCUUCAACCAUGACAUCUCUCUGCCGAAGGUGACCGUGACCCAGCUGUCCUCUGUGGUGCAGAGUCGCUGCGAAUAUGACACCAUCGUGAGCGCCAUCAACCCCCGGCGCCCGGAGGCCUUCUCCACGAACAGGCUUUUGAUCACCUUCCCCGAGCGUGAGCUCCUGUGGGAGGGAGCCGCAAUGGUCCCCGGCGCGGAGCAAGCCAUGCGAGCCGACACCCUGGCCACGCGGAUCUUGCCCCGGGUGCUGGCCCCGCGCAUGGACCUCUUCAAUUGCGAGCCCAUCAACACUUAUCUGCAGGGUGAAAUCGCCGCCAUCGGCAGCAUCUACUCCAACCACCAUGACAUGAUGGAUGUGGCUUUCUUCAAUGCCAGCGCCUGCUCGUUGAUUCACUCCGGUCGACUGCCCCCCGCCGAGGCGCUGGCGGCCGUGCGGGUGUCUCUCGUUCCCCAGGAACGCCCGGCCGCUGACAGUGAUCCGGUCGACACCCUGCAAAACGCCGGCACCCAGCAGCCCUCCUCCCCGGAGCCCAAGCCAUCGAUUGUCAUCAAUCCCUCCUCGUCGCAAAUCCAAAAGGCCCACUUCUCGCUGGUCUGCGUGGCCAACACCCAGGGAAUUCUCUCGUUGGAGAUCCAAGGCGAGCCGACCUCGCGCGAUGCCUUCCGGCAAAUGGUGCAGGCGGCCCAUUCGCAGAUCCAACUGCUGAUCGAUGCUCAGCAGCGUUUGGUGGACGAUUGCUCGGUCAAGAUCCUCUCGCCCGGGUUGUCAUCUCCUGUCAAGGCAGCGCCCCCGGGGGCCGGCACCCUUGCCCCCGGCGAGGAUCUCACCACGUCCGGCUCCCCCUCCUUCCCGCUGGUAUUUGCCCUGGUUGAGGAGUAUCUUGGGCCGUCGGUCCGCAAUCUGCUGGCCGAUGAUACCCUUUCCCCGCAUGACUUUUCUCAGGCACUGCGCACAGCCGUGCGCGAUGUGUCCCUUCGGUUGCGCGCCAUGUUCGCCAGUCAGCCCAUCACUUUCACCCAUCUGAAUGAGGCCCUUUCCCAGCUGUUUGUCCAGGAAUUCAAGCGAUUCUACUUCGGCCUUGGCUCGGGAUCGGAUGCCCAGCCGCGGCGGCGGUCCGGUCGCCAGCCCACCGAGCUUCGUACCCUGGCCCUGGUGGACAACCACAUCCCGAUCUCGAUCCAUGGCGCGGCCACCAUGGCCUUCCUCGGUGCGGAUGGCACCCCGGAGACCGCCUCUUCCUGUCUCAGCAACUUCCGAGUCCGGCCCACUCGCGCCCGCAGCAGCAACUCCAUCUCCCUGUGCUCCUCGGAGGAGCCGGACUUCCUCAAGGAGUUCCUGAUGGAGGGCUUUGACCAGGUGUCCCGGCGGUCGAGCUUCGAUCCCUAUGACCUCCUCUGCCGGCUCCAGCAGCGCCUGCUCCCGCCGCCGGAAGAGUCCCUCUACACCGUCAGCAAUCGCAUUGACCCGACGCUCUGUAACGGGUCCUCCGUUUCGGCCAAUGCCCUGGCAUUGCAGAUGUCCCUCUACAGCACCGGGAUCCCCCUCAGCGGUAUCACGUCGGCCGUCGACGGUGUCCUAUUUUUGCCAACGGUCCAGGGCCCGGACGGCCAGACCCCCGAUGAGCCUCUGGUUGUCAUGGACCCGGACCUGCCGGAGGAAAUGUGUGCCGAUGCCCGGGCGAGCAUGAUCACCUUCAACAAUGAGCUGGUGUGUGCCCGAGUGGAGUCCACCUCCAAUGUCGGGCUUUCCUGGCCUCAAGUUGAGUCUCUGCUGACUGCCUGCGAGGCGGCUUCCGCCACGCGUUACAAUGAUAUGCUGUCGAUUGUGCAGUCCCUGGGGCCGUGCGAGCCGAACCCGUUCAUUCCGCUUGUUGAGGUGGUCCCUGUCCACAAUGAGCUCAUCUCUUCGCUCUUCGGGUUCUCCUACCCGAUUCGCGCCUUUGAGGAGGAAUACCUUGUCUCGGUCAGCAUUUCGUCCGACAGUUCUGGAGAAGCCGUCAUCCAUAUCUCCGGUGCCAACCAUGACUCCAUCAAGGCUGCCACCACCGUUCUCCUUGAAAAGAUGGGUCGACUGGUGGAGAACCAGCCAUACCCGGCCAAGGUGAUCCAGUCGUUGGACUUUGGCAUCAUGAUCGAGCUGCUUCCGCCCUUCUCCACCAGUGGCUUUGUGCACUCUGGUGACUUCCUGGUUCCCGAGGGCGAUAGUUUGACCCAUGCCCUGACCAAUGACGGUAUCAUUGAUCAGGCGUCCGAGAUGUCCCCAAUCAAGAUUUCCCUGCUAAAUGCCCUGGCCCCUGGCACCCCGGUGACGGUCUUCUACAAGCGCAUGGAUCGCAACCGGGCAAUCAUGAAGCUGGUGGCUGAUGAGUCCAAUCGGCCGGUGCUGAAGGCCCUGGGUGAUCGUCUACAGGCGCAUGCGGAUGCGAAUGCGGCGGCAGCGGCGGCGGCGGCGGCCGCCAAAUCCGCCUCGUCCGGCGACACGGCCCCGGCCCCGGUGGUGCAUCCUACCCAUGCGCCGGAUGUGGAUGGCACCUUCUUUGGCGUGGACUCCGGCAUGUCGGUGUCCCAGUAUCGGCAUCAGAAGCGCGUUGAGCGGAUCCAGCGGCACCGGGAGGAGCGCGACCAGCAACAGCGCCACCGCUCGAACUCCAACGAGAAAUGGGUCGACCAUAAGGGCCAGCGACAUGACUCAGAUCGGAAGAGCACACGUGUGGUGCAUCCUACCCAUGCGCCGGAUGUGGAUGGCACCUUCUUUGGCGUGGACUCCGGCAUGUCGGUGUCCCAGUAUCGGCAUCAGAAGCGCGUUGAGCGGAUCCAGCGGCACCGGGAGGAGCGCGACCAGCAACAGCGCCACCGCUCGAACUCCAACGAGAAAUGGGUCGACCAUAAGGGCCAGCGACAUGACUCGCAGCAGCGCAGGCAUCAUGGCCCGCGCCGCUACCACUCGUCCCAAUCUCCCGAGCGCCAGUCGAACCACCAGGAGGAUGACCGGUCCAAGCGCAAUGACAAGAGGUUCAACAAAGACCAGCAGUAG